AUGUCUAAACUUUGUCCACCAUUUGCCCCCUUUCUUGGAUUCGCGGGUGUCACGUCUGCAGUGAGUAGAUGUGCAUCCGUCGGUGCUGCAUAUGGGACAUCAAAGGCUGGAAUUGGCAUAACAGGUCUUGGGACAUUCAAGCCUGAAUUGCUCAUGAGGUCUCUCAUCCCGGUAGUCAUGUCCGGUAUCAUUGCUGUGUAUGGUCUGGUGGUCAGCGUCUUGAUCUCGGCAGGGUUAUCACCGGACACCGAGUAUCCAUUAUAUGCUGGUUUCAUCCAUCUGGCUGCUGGAAUGUCAUGCGGAUUUACGGGGAUGGCGGCUGGGUACGCGAUUGGAAUUGUUGGCGAUGCUUGUGUACGCGCAUAUGCGUACGAAAGUCGCAUCUUCGUGACGAUGGUCCUCAUUCUCAUCUUCGCGGAGGUCCUAGGUCUGUAUGGGCUGAUCGUUGCCCUUAUUCUGAACACUCGCGUUUCUGGCCUGGAAGGCAUUUGCUCUCUAUGA